AUGGAUUCUAAUCCAUAUAUGAAUUUAAAUUUUGUUGAUCUUCUUCAAAGUCAACAAGAUAGUGGCAUCUGUUUAGAAUCUUCUCCUAUUCCUUUAUUUGGCACGCAAGCUGCUGAAGGUUCAAACUUCGAACAAGACAAUCCCGUGGAGCGUAAAGAACGAAGGACGUGGACGCCAACAGAUGAUGUAGUCCUCAUCAGCUCUUGGUUAAACACGAGCAAAGAUCCCGUUGUAGGGAAUGAGCAAAGGCCUGUUGCUUUCUGGAAAAAGAUUGCAGCCUACUACUCGGCUAGUCCUAAGAUUGCCGAGUGUGACAAAAGAGAGGCAUCACACUGUAUGCAACAUUGGCACAAGAUCAAUGACUUAGUGUGCAAGUUUUGUGGAGCGUAUGAAGCUGCAACCAGAGAGAAAACCAGUGGUCAGAACGAGAAUGAUGUUCUCAAACAUGCCCACAAAAUCUUCUUCAACAACCACAAAAAGAAGUUCACCCUUGAACAUGCUUGGAAGGAGCUUCGCAAUGACCAGAAGUGGUGUGACCUGUCUUCGGCUAGAAAUAAAGGAAGCUCUAAAAGGAGGAAGUGUGAGGAUGGUUCAUAUUCAGCAUGCUCUCAAGCAAAUGAAAUUGAUAGUGUUGUAGCUGAUGAAGGGAACCACUCGUCCCACGGGUGUUAA